AUUCCCGAAGCCCAGACAGCUCCUCCCCAAAUCCCCUUUCCCAGGGCAUCCCUCCCCCUUCUCCUCCCGGCCCACCUCUUACCCCUUCAGCACCUCCACCUCCAAUGCCACCCCCUCCGCUGGGCUCCCCCUUCCCGGUCAUCAGCUCUUCCAUGGGGUCCCCCGGUCUGCCCCCUCCGGCUCCCCCAGGAUUCUCCGGGCCUGUCAGCAGCCCUCAGAUCAACUCCACAGUGUCGCUCCCUGGGGGUGGGUCUGGCCCCCCUGAAGAUGUGAAGCCACCGGUCCUAGGGGUCCGGGGCCUGCACUGUCCUCCCCCUCCCGGUGGCCCCGGGACUGGCAAACGGCUGUGUGCAAUCUGCGGGGACCGAAGCUCAGGCAAGCACUAUGGAGUUUACAGCUGUGAGGGGUGCAAGGGGUUCUUCAAACGCACCAUUCGGAAGGACCUGACCUACUCGUGCCGCGAUAACAAAGACUGCACAGUGGACAAGCGCCACGGUACAGGAGGAGCGGCAACGGGGCAAAGACAAAGACGGGGACGGGGAUGGGGCUGGGGGAGCCCCUGAGGAGAUGCCUGUGGACAGGAUCCUGGAGGCAGAGCUUGCUGUGGAGCAGAAGAGUGACCAAGGCGUUGAGGGUCCCGGGGGAACCGGGGGUAGUGGCAGCAGCCCGAAUGACCCAGUGACUAACAUCUGCCAGGCAGCUGACAAACAGCUGUUCACGCUCGUUGAGUGGGCGAAGAGGAUCCCACACUUCUCCUCCCUGCCCCUGGAUGACCAGGUCAUACUGCUGCGGGCAGGCUGGAAUGAGCUCCUCAUUGCCUCCUUCUCCCAUCGGUCCAUUGAUGUCCGAGAUGGCAUCCUCCUAGCCACGGGUCUCCAUGUGCACAGAAACUCAGCCCAUUCCGCAGGCGUGGGAGCCAUCUUUGAUCGGUCCCUCUCCAGGGUGCUGACAGAGCUAGUGUCCAAAAUGCGUGACAUGAGGAUGGACAAGACAGAGCUUGGCUGCCUGCGGGCAAUCAUUCUGUUUAAUCCAGAUGCCAAGGGCCUCUCCAACCCCGGCGAGGUGGAGGUCCUGCGGGAGAAGGUGUACGCGUCCCUGGAGACCUACUGCAAACAGAAGUACCCCGAGCAGCAAGGCCGGUUUGCCAAGCUGCUGCUGCGUCUCCCUGCCCUCCGCUCCAUCGGCCUCAAGUGUCUGGAACACCUGUUCUUCUUCAAGCUCAUCGGCGACACCCCCAUUGAUACCUUCCUCAUGGAGAUGCUCGAGGCUCCCCACCAGCUAGCCUGACCCGACACACACAUGUGCUGCUCAGCAGUGGGGAGCACUGUGGAAGAGGACUUGCGCCUGGGCAGGGUGGGCGGGGCCAAGAGCCCAGCCAGAGCCGUGGGCAAAUGGUGCAGAGGAGGGUGCUCCUGCAGCCUCAAGGGAUCUGGUGGCCCCGAGCAGGGUUUCCUGGUCUCCAGUCAGAAGGGACCCAGAUCCCUGUGACGACCACAUGUCUACCUUCAGUGGCCUUGAGUCUCUGAAUUUGCCGGGGUCUCCCUGACAGGGGCGACUCUCAUCCCGGCUCCCCCAGCACAAAGCACUGGCCCUGCUCACAGGGCCCGGCUCCCUUCUUCUCAAGAGUGGAACGGAGCUCCUCUAGAAAGGGCAUCGUGGAGCGGGCCCCCGCCCCAAGUUGAUGGUCUUGGGAGCAGGGCUCUAAUAGUCCUUUAUCAUCCCCAGCUUGACAGAUGGGGGCAGAGGGAGGGGACCCACCUCCGCCUGUCAGCCUCUAUGCAGCUCCUGCAGUCAGACUGACGAAUAAAGGGUGUGGUGAAGGGGCUGGUGGAGAUGGAGGAACCGACGGCUAUUUUUAAUUUCCUCUGAGGAGAGACUGGGAGUUAGACUCAAAGAAGUACUGUACAUCCCCAGGUUGACGUCAGUGCCAGGACUGGAGGUGGCAUGUGGUCAAGGAGGCCUCUCAGGUGGUCUGUCCCAGUGGCUCUCUGGGCGCUGCCUCCCUCACCUCCCUGGCCUGUGGAAGGGGUCUGGGCUGGGGGGGGGGUGCUGGUUUGGGUGGUGUUUCCUUUUACAGCCAUCCCUACUCCUCAGCACACAGGCUGGGGACAGAGAAUUGGUGCCGGUGGCCCAGCUUUCAGAGAUGGGUGCUGGGCUGCAUGGUUUUAGCCCCAGGUCUCUUGUAAGCAGGGUGGGGGGAGACCUCCCCCCUUUCACUCACAUAAAAUCGCUUUCCAGUUAAAA